AUGAAGCGCCUUUCGGCGCCCAAGCACUGGAUGCUUGACAAACUGACCGGUACCUGGGCCCCCAAGCCCUCGGCCGGUCCCCACAAGCAAAGGGAGUGCUUGCCUUUGAUCAUCUUCCUCCGUAACAGGCUGAAGUACGCCUUGAACAACAAGGAGACCAAGAUGAUUCUUAUGCAGCGUCUCGUCAAGGUCGAUGGAAAGACCCGUACCGACUCCACCUACCCCGCUGGAUUCAUGGACGUCAUCUCCAUUGAGCAGACCAACGAGAACUUCCGUCUGGUUUACGACACCAAGGGCCGCUUCGCCAUCCACCGUAUCACUGCGGAGGAGUCCAAGUACAAGCUCUGCAAGGUCCGCCGCCUCCAGCUUGGUGCCAAGGGUAUCCCUUUCGUUGUCACCCACGACGGUCGCACCAUCCGUUACCCCGACCCGGUCAUCAAGGUCAACGACACCAUCAAGCUCGACAUUGAGUCUGGAAAGAUCACCGACCACAUCAAGUUCGAGGUUGGCAACUUGGCGUUCGUUACUGGUGGUCGUAACACUGGUCGUGUUGGAACCAUCACCCACCGUGAGCGUCACCACGGAGGUUUCGACAUUGUCCACAUCAAGGACGCUGUUGACCGUCAGUUUGCUACCCGUUUGACCAACGUCUUCGUCAUUGGUGACGGUAACAGGCCAUGGAUCUCUCUGCCCAAGGGCAAGGGUGUCAAGCUCACCAUCACUGAGGAGCGUGACAGGCGCAGGGAAGCCGCCCGCACCACCGCCUAA